AUGAAAACUCCAAACGGUGGCGGUGGUGGUGGCUCCGUGGGACAGACAGCCUCCAGCUGUGCCCAGGAGUUGCAAACCGCCGGGGAACAGCAGCCAGAUGCUUGCCCUGCGGGUGCAGCGGGCGGCUCGGCUCCGGAGGCGGGCUCAGCUGGAGGGGACCGCCCCUGGGCCUCCCCUUUCCUUUUCCUUGCCCGCGCUGAUGGCGUCCCCGUUGGCAGCGCAGCUGGGGAAACUUCUGCAAGUCAGGGCCUCCGAGCCCCGCUCCUUGCAGCCAGGUCCCAGGCAGUUCAGUUAAUCCCCAGAAGAUGGCUAAACCUGCAGGAAUACCAGAGCAAGAAGCUGAUGUCUGACAAUGGAGUGAAAGUUCAAAGGUUCUUCGUAGCAAACACUGCAAAAGAGGCUCUGGAGGCUGCUAAGAGACUAAAUGCAAAAGAAAUUGUUUUAAAAGCCCAGAUCUUAGCUGGAGGAAGAGGAAAAGGAGUCUUCAGCAGUGGUUUGAAAGGAGGAGUUCAUUUAACAAAAGAUCCAAAAGUGGUGGAAGAACUGGCUAAACAGAUGAUUGGGUAUACUCUAGCAACUAAACAAACUCCAAAAGAAGGUGUGAAGGUUAACAAGGUGAUGGUUGCUGAGGCCUUGGACAUUUCCAGAGAAACCUACCUGGCAAUUCUAAUGGACAGAUCAUGUAAUGGUCCUGUACUGGUGGGCAGCCCUCAGGGGGGUGUUGACAUAGAGGAAGUGGCAGCUUCAAAUCCAGAACUUAUUUUUAAGGAGCAAAUUGACAUUAUUGAAGGGAUAAAGGACAGCCAAGCUCAACGUAUGGCAGAAAAUUUAGGUUUCCUUGGAAAUUUGAAAACCCAGGCUGCAGAUCAAAUCAAGAAGUUAUACAAUCUCUUCCUGAAAAUUGAUGCUACUCAGGUGGAAGUGAACCCCUUUGGUGAAACUCCAGAAGGACAAGUUGUCUGUUUUGAUGCCAAGAUAAACUUUGAUGACAAUGCAGAAUUCAGGCAAAAGGAUAUAUUUGCUAUGGAUGACAAAUCAGAGAAUGAACCCAUUGAAAAUGAAGCUGCCAGAUAUGAUCUAAAAUACAUAGGACUGGAUGGGAAUAUCGCUUGCUUUGUAAAUGGUGCUGGCCUUGCUAUGGCUACUUGUGACAUCAUUUUCUUGAAUGGUGGGAAGCCAGCCAACUUCUUAGAUCUUGGAGGUGGUGUAAAGGAAGCUCAAGUAUAUCAAGCAUUCAAAUUGCUUACAGCUGAUCCAAAGGUUGAAGCUAUCCUUGUCAAUAUUUUUGGUGGAAUCGUCAACUGUGCCAUCAUUGCCAAUGGGAUUACUAAAGCGUGCCGGGAGCUGGAACUCAAAGUGCCCUUGGUAGUCAGACUAGAAGGAACCAAUGUACAUGAAGCCCAAAAUAUUCUCAAUAACAGUGGACUCCCCAUAACUUCUGCCAUUGACCUGGAGGAUGCAGCCAAGAAGGCUGUGGCCUGCGUAUCUAAGAAAUGAUGAUGCAUUUGUCUGAU